AUUGCUGCUGCUGGGAGGUGCGGCUUUGAUAGGUGAAGAAGGAGUUGUCGUCUAAGGACGAAGUUGAGAAGAAUGAUGAAGAUUAUUCUUUUUGCGAUUUUUCUCAUGGUGAGCUUGCUCACCAUGGGGACCCAAGGCCGGCCUAUAUAUCCAUCUAAAGGCUCGGCAGAGGCGCCAUUGGCGCACGCUGCUCAAUCGAGGAGCUUUGAUUGGCAUCAAGUUACACUGGACUGGAAAACCGUGGGUACCAUCAUCGGUUUCCUCGACCUGGUGAUACUUGUCGGAAUAUGCCUUUGCUGUACUGCAUACUUCCAAGCACUAAAGAAGUAUCUGAGUAACACCUUCCAGUUGGUUUACGGAAUAGUGCAAGAUAACAUCGAGGCACUACUGCAGCAACAUCUACCCAAGCGAGCUGACAGAUACCUGGAAUUGGACGAUGAGGAUGCUGAACCCCAUGGAAAAGAUCACUACCAUGUGGAACACGAGAUGGGACAUCAUCAGAGAGACCACCGCCAGAAACAACAUGUGGCAGAGCGUUAUAACAUCGUACGCAACGGGAGAAAGGACCCCAGGCAAAUGAAGAAACAACAAAAACCAUCCAUAAAGAAGAUCAUUAAGAAGCCCAUCAAGAAACUGAAUGCAAAAAAAUUUGUGCUGAAAGCACCCAAGAUCGUCCAGAAACUGAAGGUGCCCAAAUUCAUCAAAAAAAUGAGGAGCUAAAAAUCACCAUUCAGGAGGGACGGUAUUAACACCCUGUCCUGUGGUGAUUUUCUGGAUGAAGGCUGUUUCUGGCUUCAGAGGCUCGAUGGUGCCUAUUCCAUUCUACUGGCCGGUCCUGCCUUGGAUGCUGUGGGCACUGAACAUCGUGCCGCAGACUGCAAACAUCUUGGAGGCCUCCUGCUGGUCUCUCUGUCAUUCCUGGUUCUGCCGCUGACACCGCACUCUAGUGCUGGGCUACGUGGAGCUGGUCUCUGUUGUGGCUUCUUAUCCAUUCUGAGUGCUGGUGGUUAACAACAAAAAUUUGCCUAAAUUAAUAAAGAUCUUCUUGGGCACUUUUGGGUAUUUGUAAAUUGAAAACAUAUACUUUAGGGUAUUGGAAAACAGCACACAAGGGCAUCAAGCAUUGAGCUAGGAAAGGAUUAAUUGGUGCAACUUUGUAUUAACUAUGUAGCGAUUAAGGGGGUAAUUCAGACCUGAUCACUAGGGUGCAUUUUUUGCAGCCCUGGGAUCAGGUAGUCGCCGCCUACAGGGGGAGGGGAAAAGUG